AUGCCUUCCAACCCCAUUCUCUCUCUAUUCUCUAAGGAGUUGCUCACUAAUGAGAACUUCAUGAAGUGGAAGGCCAACAUCAACAUUGUGUUGAUCGGCAAUAACACUAAGUUCGUCAUGACCGAGAAUGAAUCUGACAUUCCCGAUGAGAAUGAAACCGAGUGUGUUCGGGAGAAGUACGAGCGUUGGCAUACUGCGAAGAACAAAGCCAAAGCACACAUGCUUGUGAUCAUGUCGGAAACACUGAGGACUAAGUUAGAGAAUUUGGACACUGAUUUUCACACCAUGGACCAACUUAAGGAAAUGUUCGGGCAUAAAUCUAAUCAAGCUCGUUUCGAAGCCACCAAGAACUAUGUGAAUGCUAAGAUGGUGUUAGGGAUGCAUGUUCGUGAUCAUUUCAUCGAGAUGAUGAACUACUUCUAG